CCAGCAUCGCGACUUGACAUACACAUCCAAUCCAGUAUCGCGCGUGAGCAAACAUACAACUCUUUGCAUCCCAACGCGCAAAAUGUCUCCUAACAUACCGAACAACAACCAUAACGGCAUCCAUCAGUACCCGCCAUACCAGUCACCGUACGGCAACAUGAACGAAACUGGCAACCAGAUGCCCCAGAAUCACAACAACGCGGACGGGACUGUCAACCAGAUGUCCCUGAACCGCAACAACAUGAACGUUUUCGGUCAGGGUGCGUACGUGGGGUUCGCCAACAACCAUCUUGCCAACCGGGUCACCCUUGGCGAUCUCGACUUCCCAAAUUUCAACAUGUCCCCCGCUACUGUCAACCCCCAAGCUCUUGCCACCAAUAACCGUUACGGUAACGGUGGUGUUCCCGGCACCAACGCCGAUGAUCAUGUCGUCAAUUCUCUUCUUGGCCUUAGUACUGCCAAUGGUAAAGAGCCCUUCGGGAACCGUAGGGAAGUGUACACAUUUAACCAAGGAGUGCAUGACGUGCGACGCCAAGUGGAAGCCAGGCAACAAUUUGCCCCUCAGCAGAGGUUGCAGCAGGCGCAGCAGCUGGAGCAGCAGCAGCUGCAAUACUCCUUCCAACAACCGCAGCAGCGAUAUGGACAGGAUUUCUCACCACAAUACUUUCAUGGAUACGCUCAGCCGUCCCCUCAGCAGGGCCCCCUGCAGAUCCAGCGCGAAACCCAGCAGUAUAUGAGCCGUAAGCGCAAGUAUGACGAACACUUACAUCAACCCAAUGUGCUGGGCGAUAUUCAGCAACGGAAUCCGCAGCAGCUGCAUCAGAAGUCCAACGGCAUUGUUGGCCAUCAGAACCAAAGGCUUUACCAGCCCGCCGCGGUCCUGGGCGAUAUUCAGCAACAGCAUCCGCAGCAGCAUCCGCAGCAGCUGCAGCAGAGGUCCAACGGCAUCGUUGGCCACCAGAACCAAGGGCUUUAUCAGCCCACCGCGGAGAACACCUACACUUCUCCUUACACUACUCGUCACCCAUCCUCUUCUUCCUUCGCCACGUGUGGUGGUAGCGCGGAGAAGCCCAUUUCCAUCGACGACGACGACGAUGAGCCCGUCAUCGUUGGCGUCAACACCAUUUCUUCCGUCACGGCCAACACUACCACCAAUGCCACUGCCGCUCCUCCGGCCGGUCCCAUCGCCGCUGUCGGCACAAACCCCACCACUACCGCCGCCGCCGCCGCGACUCCCGCCCCGGCCAAGAAGAAGGCCGAGUACAUCGAGGUGACGGACAUUCUCCGGAAGCAGGACGUCUUCCCUGGGGUUAUUAAAGAUGAUCCCUCGACGUAUCCGGAGGGCGUACCGCCCGAGAUUUGCAGCGGCGGCAUGUGGAACACCAUCAUCACGAUGCGAACCCUCCCAGGUUUAAGGAUCGAUCCAUUGAACGAGAGCCUAACCCGAUACUUCCUCGACAAGGACAACCCGGAAAACUGGGAGAUGAUACAUCGGUUCAGACGGCUAAAGCAUCUCGAGAUCGAGGCAAUGAUAAUAAAGGAGUACCACACGAAAGGAUCGACUGUACCCAUGGAAAAGGGACAAGGCUUCCGAGAUGUCCCAAAACCUGCACGUAAGCGCAUCAAGACCAAGAUUGACCGCUGGGGUAUUACUCCCCAUCGCAUCGAACAGCAGCAAGCUCUGCUUAAGAAGCGCGGCGACACGCCCGAUCCUGACGCCCCGUCAUAUCUCUUUAAUCAGGCCAUUGACGAGAGGGAGAAAAAGCGCAAGCGCAAAACUGCUAACGACGGUGAUGAUGCAGGCAUCCUUACCGGAACAACUUCCACCACGGCACCCGCUGCCACCACGACCUCCACCGCGACAACCACCGUUACCGCUACCACCACCACGGGCAGUGGCAAAGGCAGGUCCAACGGAUCAAGCGCUGCAUCGACCCUAGCAACCACCGACAACAACGCAGGCAGCACCGCCACGAACAGAGCCAGCGCCAAUAUAGGCACAGCCAAGCCCAGUGGAUCAACCACUCCAUCGACCCCAGCCACCACUGACAACACCGCUGACACCAACACCAACGGAAACACCACCACGACCUCCACCACGGCACCCAGGCCCAGAGGCAGGCCCAGGAAACCAGCAAACACCAUCGACGACACCACCGACACCACCACGACAAACAAGCGCAAGCGCAAAGCACCUGCCUCAAAAACGACAGACGGAGCCGCCAACGCCACCAAAAAGGCCAAGACGACCGUAGCCGGCGCCGCCAUCGCCGCCGCUGGUACCAUAUCCGUCGGCGCAGCAACUGGAGCUCCGUCACUGUCACUGAAUCCCUACGGCCCUGGCACCAACCUCGCCUCCGCGCCGCUAGCACAGGGCCUAGCCACACCCGCACCCACGCCGCUUGUUCGCCCCGCGGUGCCUCCUACCGCCCACGCGCCUAGGGAAGUCGCCACGGCUCCUCGUGCCCCUGCUCCAGCCCCUGCUCCAGCCCCUGCUCCAGCCCCGGCCCGUCCCGCCGCAGCUGCUCCUGCUCGUCACAUCUCAGACGCAAAAUUCGACCCCUUGUUCGACGAGAUGCCAGCCUCGCCCCCACCACCUUACACCGCCGCCGCAGAAAACAACAACGACGCCGACGACGACGGCUGGGGCGCAGGCGGAGAAGAGGAGCUCUGGCGGGAGCUAGAAGCCUCGAGAGGUGAUGACACCGACGCUGCAGCCGCAGACGCAGACGCAGAUGCGGAUGCAGAUGCAGAUGCAGACGGCCUGGAGGAGGCGCUGCUGAGUGCGCUUGCGGAUGCUAGCAAUGACGAUGAUGGCGCUAACCACGGCGCAGACGACGACGCCGCUGAUGCUGACGACGACGCUGGUGCUGUUGAUGAGGAAGUUGAAGUUGGGGUUGAGGUUGAAGCGCAGGAGCCUGAGCGCGAGUACUGCUCUGAGGACGAGUGGAGCGAGGAGGAGUAGGUUGGUUUUGUCUUUGGUGGUGUUCUUUUGUCUCUUUUUUUUUUUUUUAUCUUUGGGGUUUUAGGUUUUGGUUGUUUUUGCUUCUUUUGAUCUUUGAUUUUCAGGAGGCUUGGCUUUGGUUUUGGGUUUAGAUAUUUGCUUGCUUGCUGGUUUGGCUUUUGGUGUUGGUGGAGAGGUGGGAUGGCAUGGCAUGGGAUAUGACAUGGCAUGGGAUAUGAUUGGAUGGUUGAACUGAUCGGUCUUGUUUUCGUCUUUUGUCUUUUCCUUUCUUUGUCUCUUUCUUGAUCUCUGCUGCCUUUGGUGUUUGCUACCUACCUACCUAUCUUUCUUCCUACCUAGCUAACUAGGUACACAAUACAUCCAUGUC